AUGUCCAAGAAAAUUGCCGACGGAUUCGGAAGUCUUGGUGAACUGUGCGACCAUCACUACGCUUUCUUUCAAGAUGGAAAGCUCACCUUGGUGGGCCGACAAUACGUCGCCCAACCAACCCACAACUGGGGUCAUCGUGUCGCCUUUCCGGGAACUUAUGUUCUUACUUUCGACAAGGAAACCAACCACUGGGAGAGACAUGAUUUUUCCGAACUAGCCAGCGACGAGAAUUUGGAGGAAUCCUUGUUCGUGAGAGAUGGAAAGCUCUACUUGCUCACUUUCCUCAACUUCGGAGCCAUCGAAUUCAAGCAACUCUUCAAGUGGGAGGAUAACAAGUUUGUCGAGAUUAAAUUGACUGCUCCAGCAAACAAGGCCAUCACCGAGAGCCAAAAGCCAGAUGUGAUUGUUGCCUCCGGAGUGACUUCAAAUGGAUCUAACAUUGUUUUGGCUAGAGAUGACGAUGGUCAUAUUCAAAUCUACUCACUCACCGUUGAUGGAGAUGUUGCAACUAUCGAGAACACUUCGAAAAUUGAUGUUGACGCUAAUCCACUGAGAGGUCAAGCAGUUCUCGCCGAAGUCUUCGGCGACAAAGUACUCGUCAGUUACGGAGUUCACGGGUGCGGAUUCCGUUGGGAGAAAACCAGAUUCUUCAUCGCCGACUUGAAGACCAACACCACUCGUCAUGUGGAAAUCGAGGGAGAACACGAGAACCUCCCACGAUUCGGUUUCACCGGACCCCACUGCUCGUUCGUCAACCAGGACACCAAAUCGUGGAUCGUGGCUGCUGGAUCAGUGCUCAAAGGAAUGCAUGCAAGUGAGUUCAAUGGAGAAGUCUGGGCUCUCAAGGGAAACGUCUUUGAUGAGGAGUCCAAGGCAGUCUGGGUCAAACUUCCACACAACGUCGAGGAGGGAGAGCACAUUUUGGAUGGAUUUACUCUCUACACUGUUACCAAGGAUGCCGUGUCUAAGGUUCAAUUGGAUGAGAUCUAA